GUAACACUGUUCAAGAAUCAGCUCCGCGACUUACGUGUAUCCAACGAUUCCAACCAAGCAAAACUCAUGAAUCAAAGCCAACGGCAAGACCAAGAGGUAGUGUCAAGAUUGGCCGAAGUUGACAUGAUUAUGGCAGACCUCGAACGCGCUAACAGCCGCGUAGCCACUGUUGAACAACGUAACGAAGCUCUACGUGCAGAAAUUGAAUCAUUGCGAUCUGAUAGCGAAACCUCCGACCGUGUUAAGGGACUUGAGUCACGUACCGUGGAACUAGAAUCUGAAUGUGAUCGUCUCUCGCAAACUCUAGAGGCACAGAAAGCGACUACUUCAGAGGUUCAACUGGCUUCCAGCAAGAAGAUCGAAGAGAUAUCAAAAGAUGUUCGGAACAAAGUUAGCGAAGUUCAGCAACUGAAGCAACGGCUACGGCAGUAUGCUGAUUACGACGAAAUCAAACGCGAACUGCAAAUCAUGCAAUAUGUCGAAUUCGGCGGUAUGGAUGAGGAUGCAGAUGAGGAUGGUCAAGUCAAUGGUGAUGACCAUGAUGUGGGUGUUCAUCUGCCCAAUCCCAAUGCUGAUAAGGCCAACGCUCAACGUGGCAAAUCACUGGAAGCUCUUCUUGCUACAAAGAAUAAGCGGAUUCUUGAUGAGCUCACAAAAUUCCGGAUCAUGCACAACGAACUUGAGGAAUCUCUUCAGGCAACUCGGGAGCAACUUUUUGCAGCAAGUUCGGAGUUGCAGAAGCAAAAGGAUCUCAAUGAGAAGUUGGAAAAUGAUCUCUUGUCAAUGGACAGUCACAGACCUGAUGGUGAUGGUGCCUUGACUUCGGAAGCAAGCGCAGGCCAGAAUGAUGUCUUAGCUGGUCUGGACCUGAAGAAAAAAAUCACCGAUUCUCCUGCACGAUCAACUCCUGUACCUUUCACUUCCUCAGCAGAUACAUCAAUAUUACCCAUUGUCACGAGCCAGCGAGAUCGAUUCCGGCAACGUAAUGCGGAGUUGGAAGAUGAGCUUCGCAAGCAAUUCCAGGUGAUAUCCGAACUGCGCGCCGAAAUCAAGUCUCUACUUGUACGAGAAAGUCCGGUAUAUGCAAAGCUAUCG